AUGUUCCUCCAGUACAAGAGCUCUGAACCACAUCGCACACCCCCCAAGAGUGUGGCAAAGAAGCAUUCUCGCCCCUACCUCACCGUGCAUGCCUUCACAUCUCCUCCACAUCCCCUCCCCUCCACAUCCCCUCCCCUCCACAUCCCCUCCCCUCCACAUCCCCUCCCCUCCACAGCCCCUCCCCUCUAUAUCCCCUCCCCUCCACGUCCCCUCCCCUCCACAUCCCCUCCCCUCUACAUCCCCUCCCCUCCACGUCCCUCCCAUCCACGUCCCCUCCCCUCCACAUCCGCUCCCCUCCACAUCCUCUCCCCUCUGCCUGCCCUGACUGCAUGCAGAGACCUCUGCAUCAAUCAGCUCACCUCCAUGCCUUCUACCAUCAGUGCCUUCUGCGAGCAUCUUUCCAUGGCUCACAACCAGCUUCAAGGUCCCCUUCCUUCUGCCCUCGUUUCCGACAAUCUCUGGACUCUGUAA